CGGUUAGCUUGAUAAGAUAGCGGACGAGCGGUCAAUAGAAGAAAUACUGAUGUGUUAGUGUAAAAGUGGUGCUUUUUCUGCUCAGGAACGCGCUAUUCUGGAGCUCCCAAAGACUUUAUUUGGGAAACGAAAAUGAUCCGCUUCAUCCUCAUCCAGAACCGAGCAGGGAAGACACGGCUGGCCAAAUGGUACAUGCAGUUCGAUGACGACGAGAAACAGAAGCUGAUCGAGGAAGUGCAUGCCGUGGUCACUGUCAGGGACGCCAAGCAUACCAACUUCGUUGAGUUCAGGAACUUCAAGAUCAUUUACCGGCGCUACGCUGGCCUCUACUUCUGCAUCUGUGUUGACGUGACUGACAACAACCUGGCAUACCUCGAAGCCAUCCACAACUUUGUGGAGGUGCUAAAUGAAUAUUUCCACAAUGUGUGUGAACUGGACCUUGUGUUCAACUUUUACAAGGUGUACACCGUGGUGGACGAGAUGUUCCUGGCAGGAGAGAUCAGGGAGACCAGUCAGACCAAGGUCCUCAAGCAGCUCCUCAUGCUCCAGUCACUAGAGUAGAAGUCGAUCCCUCUCCCCCCACUCAUCUGCAGCCCCUGGCAUUCAACCCUAGCUUCUCCGUGUUUUAUAUCGCUCUGAAAAAGCAACCACGUCUCUCUCCUGCCACUCCUUCAAUGACUGCAGGGAAGCAGCAUUUUAGAGAACGUAGCCAAUAUUGUCUAAAUAUUGAUAUUCGAGGUAAACUACACUGCUUGCCGU